AUGCCACCGCAAGAAAUUGGAUGGCACCAUCGACUAAAUAAUGGUUUAAAUAAUGUUGUACAUCCACAUUUUUAUCUAUUCAUUCGUGCAAUUCAAAAUGAUUAUGCUUAUAAUUCAGCAAUAUCAUCACGUCAUUUAGCAACUGGCGUAUUACCUCCACGGAAAAAGUUAUAUGUAAAUCGAAAUGCACGAUUACAAGAUUUGGAAGAACGUUGCAAGCAACAAACAUUAACAUUAGAUGAAUAUCUUGAAAAAGUUAUGCGAUUAAUCGGAAUAAAAAAACAUUGA